AUGUCGGGAUUCGAGGUUUCCGGCGGGGAAAUGGGGUGGGUUGUGAUCGGGGCUUCGAGACAAGUCGAACGGAACCGGUGCCGGCUCUUCCCGUUGCCGGAACAGAGAGAAUCGAAGAGAGAGAAAGAGAGAAUCGGGGAGAGAGAAACGGAAGAGAGAGAGUAUACGCGGGAGAGAGAGAGAGAAAGUGAGGGGUAA